AUGACGAGAAUUAAUGCAGGAGGUACCAUUAAAAAGUUGCAACCUGAUCAGGUUGCUGUCGAUUAACAAGUGCUUUAGGAAUACACGAUAGGAAACCACCUAGCAGCAAACAUCACAAGAAAGGUCUUUGCUUCCUUUUCUCCCACACGCAACCGCCUUUCUCCCUCCCACAUAUAACCCAUCCUUCUCUCACCCACGCAUUAAUAAUUCUAUUCCCCCAUACAAUAUUAAUUGUUGGCCCCUCCCAGUCAACAACAGUUAUUGUCAUCUUCUGACACAUAGGCGACAGUGACCCAACGAAGACUUUUUGAUACUACUAGGAAAAGUCCUAACGAGAUGGCUGAUAGCCCUACUGAGACGCCUACCGACAGCGCUGCUGGCGCUGGUCCCAGCACUCGUCGCAGUUCGCGACAAGUCCCCAACCCCAAUGCGGGCCAACCUUCCAGCAUUCCCCGUGCUAGUCGAGGCGCAAGUCGAGUUCGCGGUGUCCGUAGCCGUCGUCGAGAUAGAAGCCCGGACCCCGCUGAAGACCCUAGCGGUUCUGGUGAUCCGAGCUCUUCUCAAGCACCGGGUCUCUCUCAGACUCCUGGCCAUUCCCAAACCAUGGCCACAUUCGGAACUUUAACCGAAACCCCCACUGGUGCCCUGAGCACUCCUGUUGCAAAGUCGACUUCAAAGUCGAAGAAAGAAAUGACCCUCGAGGAGCUUUAUCCUGAUGCUGCGUUGGAGUUAACUCGUGCUCACGUGAAGCAUGUUAUUGAUAAGGGAUCAUUGACCUACAUCAGCUUCACCUUCAAAGAGUUCGGCAAGCCCUCUGAUGAGGAGUACGUUGCCAUGAAGGACGUCGCAGAGUUCGAAUUCCGGAAGCAUUUCAUCGGCAUGGGAACGAACAAAUGCGUCUUCUACUGCAUCAAGAAGGCACUGCCCAACGUGGACUUGUCUUCCACCGUCUCUCGUGAGCUGCGCAAACAUCUUCUUAGUCGAUAUGCAGACUGGAAGUUCGAUCUGGUUUCUGAUCGCAUCUACGCCUAUGUUCUUGAUCAGCUCGCCCAGUUCGGGUCUCAGCUUGAUCAUGAUCCCAACACCAAGGCCGGCGAGGAUGCCCUUGCUGAGUUCUUUGGGCCUCGCAUUGAUGCUAACCUGUUCAAGGGCCUAUAUGGUGAGGCCAACUACAAGGUCUUAGAUGUCGACCUAGUCUUCGCCGAGGAGAACAGAAAGAAGUUGGCAUUCUGGUACUUGAAGCAGGUUCUUGUGAAUCUAUUCCUGCGUACUGUGCCUCUUGUCAAGGAGGAGCUGAGACUUAACAAGGCUAGCGGUAAAGACGGUGCUCCAACCCCGUGGGCAGCCCGACUCCCUCGAAACUCCACCUUCGUCGUAGCCGAUACACUCCGCAAGCACGUCCAGGAUUUCUUCGACCGCAUUCCCACGAACACAAUGUUCUCCACCGUCGAAAUGAAGUACUUCCCGUGGAAGAGGUACACAGAUGAAGCCAAGAAAAGGAUCGCUGUUUCUGCCGAAGGUGCUGCACGCAAGCUGCUUGCAUCGGAGUUAGCGGACCAAGAAAUGCGCAUCCGUACCCCGCCUCCUCCCGCCGGAACUCCCUUUGGCUCUCCCUUCGGUAGCGGAGCUAGCCAACAACCUGGAUCAGGACAAGGACGCCGUCAAAUCAUCUCGCCCAUCCCUCUGGCUCUUGGGAGAUCCCGCUCGGACAGUCAUCCGAGUCCUUUGGAUAGUUGCGAGUUAGACGACGCAAACGAGUCAUAUACUGACUUCAACAUGGACGCCGAGUCCGACACCGACAUGACUGAACGUUCUAUAAGCCCUUCGAUUCGAAUCAUGGAACGUGCUAGCAAAUAUGCGGCAGCAUAUCACUAAUGGAUCGUUACUUGUGUAAGACCCUACAGGACAGGUGACAGGUGGGCAUUGCUAUUGCUUGGCUUUAUAAAUGGCAAUCAACUCAUAUGAUGCAUUGAUCGAUUUUCUUUCAUGUUACGCGUUGAGUUUUAUGCAUCCUCAUAGUUCGUUCAUAGCAAACCUAUUAAAUACACGAUAUGAGGUGA